AGUGUCCUCUCUCGGCAGCUGUAGUGGAGUAACUUCUAUGCCUGGUUUUAGCUGAGACAUUUCUUUGGGUUUUGAGUCUCAAAUUUUCAGAGUUGCUCUUGGGUCUUUUGCCAGUGUUGACCCUGAACUUACAUAGAGCAAGACGAAUACAUUACUAACAUGAAUAGCCUCCAAUUCUUGCGGGGAGUUAAUACCCUCAUGAAAACAGUUAAAUUAUGCAGACAGCGAUCGUUGGUUCAGGUGUGUGCUAACCUUUCCACUGGACCUCAGCAACAACAUGGCAUUUUGUACGAGUUCCGCACAUACUCUAUCAAACCAUCAGAGAUGAACAACUUUAUGAAAUUAACUAAGGAGCACAUUGACAUACGGACUGCUCACUCUGAGCUGACUGGUUACUGGACUGUGGAAUUAGGGGGUGUGAAUCAGGUCUUCCACAUCUGGAAAUAUGAUGAUUAUACGCACAGGGCAACUGUGAGGGCAGCACUAGGUCAAGACAAAGAAUGGCAAGAAAAAUACAUGACGAAGAUGCUGCCGCUGUUAGAUAAGCAAGAAAAUGAAAUCACUUACCUUGUGCCGUGGUGUCAGCUGAUGAAGCCAGAAAAAGAAGGGGUUUAUGAGAUUAUCACCUUUCAAAUGAAACCUGGAGGUCCUGCUGCUUGGGGCAAGGCUUUUCGAGCUGCUAUCAACACUCAUGUUAAUUCAGGGUAUUCAACACUAGUUGGGGUUUUUCACUCUGAAUUUGGCCUACUCAACCGAGUGCAUGUGCUUUGGUGGCAUGAAAAUGCAGACACACGUGCGGCUGGGAGACAUAAAGCACAUGACGAUCCCAGGAUUGUUGCAGCAGUGCGAGAGAGUGUUGCAUACCUCGUCUCUCAGAGAAACAUGCUUCUGAUUCCAGCACCUUUCUCACCAUUGAAGUAAUCACAAGAUAUAACAGCUUGCUUUUAGCCUACCUGCAGUUAAGAAAUUGUAUCAUCUGGGGAAAUGCAUUUUUCUUCUCUUUGCUUAAGUUAUCUUCCCACAAUGAAUUUACCAGAGCAGUAAAGUUACCCCGAUUAGUGUCACUGGAAAAGUUUUUGCUAAAGUAAUCAUUAAAAUUGGGUUUUGACGCAAAUAUUGCUCCCGUGAAAGGAUCAUAUGGCAAAACACUGUAGAAUUUCUUUAUAUUGCUAAUGUAUCUGCCAGCAAAUAGUGCAUGUAAAGUUUUGUAUUAUAGCUCAACCAUUCCUUCAGUCCAUCAAUGUUACUUUGCUUAAAUUAUUUUAUACUGUGUGAGUAACAGUAGUUGCUUAUGUUUUCUAUGUAUUUUCUUAUAGAGAAAAUGUGUGUGUGUGUGUGUGUGUGUGUGCGCGCGCGCGUGUAUACACACACACACACACACACACACACACACACCAGUGUCUUCUGCACCUGACUUAUUCUUACUUUUCACAAAUGAAAUUCUUCAGUCUUUUACCUUGAGUGUUGAAGUAUUAUUUAGUUGAUUACAAUGUCUGAUUUUCAGAAAGUUAGGGCAGAUAAUCUGAUGAAGAAAAAUGCUUAAAAGAUAGCAGCAGCUUCUCAUGUAUUCUAUUGUACUGUUUAUUUGCAUGUUUUCUGUUAGUAAUCAGUAAAAUUAUUAUAUGCUUGCUCCAUUUUCAGAAUAUUUUAAAUUUCCUGCUGUUGACCUGAAAGAAAUGAUCCUUAAUGACUUUGUAAACUUUAAUUCCUGUUUACUUGUAUUUCAUUAUUCAUAUUCUUUAUCCAUUUUUACUUAUCUAGUACAAAGUAUGCAUUUGUAAUACGCUUAGCCUUUGUAGGUUCAACAUUUUGCUGCCUCAACAUUUUGGAUUUUACAGCAGAUUUCUGCCUCCCACCAAGUUGUUCACAGCGGUAAUCUACAUGUUUUCAUUAUAUUUUUUGUUAGGUAGUGUUGAGUAUCUAUUCUUACGCUGUAUCCUAAUGUAAGGUGCGUCGCAUGCAAGGCUGCAAGAUGUCUCCAUAGUCUGAAUAUACACUUUGCUGAAGAGUUUUCUAAUAUUUAAAAAAAAUGUGACCACCUGUGCUAACCCUUCGUCUUUCUUCUUCCUAUGAAGCUCAGCUAGGUAAAUCCUAAUUCCAUGAAAACAGUACAUAUAUCUUUAGAGAUAGAAGAAAUUAUUGGGGAUAUUUUACAAUUUGCUAUAUAACUUAAAGUGCAGUCUUAAUUUGCUGAAAAGAGAGGAUGAAUUCUGUAUAUUAUUGGCAGCAGUACUUUUAUAAUGUAAAAUGCAUCUUAAAAUAUAACAACUUGCUUUUGAGCGGGAGAACACAGCUUCACUUUGAUAAUACUAAGAGCUGUGAUAAUUUAGGCUAGAAGUGUUUGUUAAAUAACCAUGCACAUAUGUUAAGGCAUACCGGCCAGGGUUACCAAGAGAACUGUUACUGAGUAAAGCAGAAAGCAGACACAUACUGUACAUUUCAUGAAUCUGAAAAAAAAAAUGAAAGCAUUAUAACCAACAGAAAUGUAUGUAUUUGUAUAUGUAUGUAUGUAUUUAUUUAUAGACUGUUGGUGGUGAGAGUGAAGAUAGUGCAGUUUUGUAAGUAAAUUUGCCAUAAUAGUAGACUUUAAAUGAAAUCACUUCUGUAGUAGCCUAACCUUAUAAGGGUUAUAUCCUGCCUAAGAUAUAAUGAUCGGCUAGUUUUCCAAAGCCUUGGGGUGCCCAGGCCGUUGGUUGCAUGACCAGGAGGUGAAAGUCAGCAGCCUUUGAAACUAAACACUUCAGGACUUUCUUGUCAACUGUAAAAGGGUGGUUAUGGUCCUGAUAAGAAAAGUAAAGUUAGGUAUGAAUAUACAAAUCCCUGCCCUAGUGUAAACAUAGACACAAAAAUCAGGAUGGAGGGUAGGGCGGCUACUGCAGCAGCUAUUGUUUAAACUUCUACUGUUAUGGUAAGUUUACUGGUAUGACUGCUGUAUGUGCAUUCUUAAAUCACUGCUGCAGUAGCCUAAGCUAUACUGGUAGAAUACCAGUGUCUACAUAGAUGGUGGGAGGAAAGAUAACUGUCCGUAAGCCCCUGAGAAAUGGACCUAGCAGAGCUUAUUAUGGUCCUGGAAAAGGAAUCUAGUUAGCUUAUAGUGCUUUAUAAAGGUAUGUAUAGAGGUCCAAAUAGCUGCAUCUCGAAUGCCUGUGGAGCCCCUGUUUUCCAAAAAGCCAUAGAAGAAGACAAGGGUCUCGUAAAAUAAGUCUAGACAAUGCCUGGAAAUGCCUUGUUAUGGUGGGGAAAAAAGCAAAGGACAGCCAUUUGGAGUUUCAGUAAAGGGUAUUCCAUUUUUAACUCAACUGUGGACCUACCUACUAUUUUAUUAUUUUGUAGUACGUUUUUUAAAAUUCGAAUUUUAUUAGUGAACUAGGUGCAUAAUAUAUUUCAAGGAGUGAACUUCACACCUGCCACACUGCAACAUUUCUGAUUGAUUUGAAAUAGUCUGCUUUGACACUCUGUCCUUUUUUUUUUUUUUUUUUUUUUUUUUUUUUUUAACUUUUAUAGGAAAUAAACAUCUGUUCAUCUUUCCUGAAAGGUUUAGUUCUGUCACAUAAUACCUGAGGUGCCUUUGCAGGCCCAGAGUAUGAGGCUUCCUUUCUUCCUGCUUUUUACAUUCUGGAAAGGAGACUGCAAGAUGGAUGGUUUGGCUUAAUGUAAACUCUGAAACCACUUUAGACAAAUGAGGGAUUUGAUCACAGAAAACUUUAGCAUUGUAGAAUAUCAGAUAGGGCUGACCCACAAGAAGAGCUUGCAGCUGAGAUACUCUUCUUGCAGACUAUCAGAUUCAUGUAGUGAGCUGGUUCAUAAGGAGCUGUAGAUAACUUUUCUAGGUCAAUAAAAGCUUGACCAAAGACUGUGAUGAAAAAGGAGAAUACAUGGGCAGACAUGCAGAAAUGGCUAAGAGGUGAACAUUGACAGAGAAAUAUGAAAGGCCAGAGAAUAGCAACUCUCACACAUUGUAUAACCAGUGGUUCAGAAACCCUGAAUGGGCCCUAGUUCUUUGUGCAGCACCAACUAGCAAGUGCUUUCCAUUUACUAAUAUAAGAUUUUUUGGUAGCAGGUUUCAUUGACUCGUUUAACACCUGCUGCAUGUCCCCAGAAAAAAAGGUGCCUAAAAGGUAUCAAAAGUGAAUCAUCUAAGCAGUCAGUUGUAGUUCUUUGAGGUUGUGAUGUAUCAAACCCCCUUGUUUUGUUUGAGUAGGUUCGCUGUGUGAGGACACUUGUGGUAACUGCCCUUAGCCAAUCCUGUAAGAAGGGAGAAUCUCUGCUGUCUGGGUCAGAAGGGAGUCACCACAAUGAUUUUUGGAGAAUCCUUCUGAAUCUUCUGAAUGACCCUGGGCAUCAGUGAAAAUGCAUACAGGAGCAUUCCUAUCCAAGUAAAUGGAAAAAAAGCAAACAUUUGUUUUCUAGGCCUGAUUGCAAAGAAUCCUGGAGUAGAAUUUCCUCAGUUGUCUUUUUUGAAAGGAGGCAAAACAGAUCUACUUGAGGAGUUCCCCAUAACAGGAUGAAUUUCUUGACAAAUUCCUCAUUUAGUUUCUAUUCUUUUCGUUUUUAAACACCUUUAUUGAACUAUCACUUGUGACAUAAGCAAAUUACAUUUAUAUAAAAGUAAUCAAACUGUACAAACAAGUUUAAGGGUCUGUCUUUUUCCUGCUGAGCUUGUCUGCCACAUUUUGCCCUAUCAGAAUAUAAGUUGCUUGAAGGAUUAAAUUGCUACUUCCCAAACUUACAUAACCACUCUGCGUAAGGGGUAAGAUCAGGCAUCCCUGUAUCACAGCACUGUGGGUGGUGACUGCAAUCACUUUUAGUGUCUGUGACCACAGAUGAUGCAUAAAACGGUUAACAUGAUUAAGAACUAACAUCCCUUUGACACUGAAUUGUUUUGGCCUGUCCAGUUUGUGACACAGCUCCCACAGAAAAUUUGAUGCAUUGUGUUAGACUGUGCAGGAGGAGUCAGAGAAAAUGGGAGACCUGUAUUCAAGGAUAUCUGGUUUUCCACCAAAGCAACUCUCUUGUCACAAAACCCAGCACUAGAAUAUGAAAUGUCAGGGGUGAAGGUGUUGGUACUGGGCUAUCAAUGGAGCUAGACACAUUGUGAAGACCCUUGGAGUAAUAGAUAACCUAAAGGGUAAUGCAUAGAACUGAUAGUGUGACUGAGACCAACACAACCGUAGAAAACUCCGAAAAUCUGUGGCAAUAGUAAUAUGUCAAUAAGAAUUUCAAGUGUAGAGUUACCAAAAAAAAAACUUGGAGAAAGAAUGUGAGAUGAAGUUUCUAGGGACAUUUUGAACUUUCACGACAGGUUGAGAAAAGACAGGUCAAGAACUAGUCUCCAAGAGUGGUCCUUCUUUGGCAUCAGAAACCUUUUUUAUUAAAAACCCUUUCUAUACUGAUCUGCUGGACUUGGUUGUAUAACUCAGACAGAAUGCAUUUGCUUGAUGACUUCAGAAACUGGUUUGAUUGGAAGAUGAGGGGGAAUUCACUGAAAAGGGUGGAGGAGGCUUUUCCACUGCCAUCUGUAAUGCUCCUGAAAAUUGGUGGAGAAUGUUGGGAUACUCCUUCUGUAUUAUUGUCUCAUUUUCUAGAAGCUUCCUCAUUCUUUUUUGAGCCUGCUUGCCACUUUUUUAUUGUAUAACCCCUUGUUAGAUGCCAGUUGAGACUGUUUAUUUAUUUAUUUUUUUAAAUAACCUGUGUUUGCGCAAAAGAUUGUAGCAAACCUGAAGGAAGGCUGAAAAAUCUGAGUUAACCUCUUAAUUUCCCUCUUUCUUCAAACUGUUUGAGUACCCGAGUAGCAGAAGGACCAAACAAAAACUCUUGCCCAGAGGAGAAUGUAAAAUUUCAAAUUGUACAUGUUUGGAAAGUUUCUGUGUACACACCCAGACAAACUGCUUCAUAACAGAGGCAGAAGCUGCUGUCCCCAGCACAGAGUCAGCACAGUCAUAAGAACAAUUUAAAGAAUGUGUAGUUACUUAGAAAACAGAAACAAUUAAAUCACUGAAGGGGGACUUGCUUUCUGAAGAAGAGGGAAAAUUGACAGUAAUUUUCCUCAUAAUGUCAGAGGAAGCCAACAGGUACAUCAGCGUGUGAGCCUGAUAAUUUAGACGUCUGAAGACUAAAUUAGCAGAAAAAUAAAUCCUCUUCCCUAAUCUAUCAAAAGCUUUCCCCUCCCUGUAGUAUUAACUAUUUUUGUAUUUAUUACAGCAAGAUUUGACACAAAUAAUCGCAGGAUCAAAAAUGGAUUAAGAAAAUAAAUGUUUGUAAGACUGUGGAACUGUAUAAAGUCUACUUCCUUUUUACGGACUGCAGCUUGACUGACAGUCAUACUGCAGACAAUAUAAAAAACAUCCUUGAAAGCUAUUAAAAUAGAAGGAAUAGCAGUAGGUUGUAGAAUUUCAGUUUAUAAUAAAUCAUUGUUUUCCUCAAAAAAGCUGGAAGACCCGUCUAUUCCCAUUGAAACAGCUUAUUAAUUCGGAAAUGCUUUCAGAAAAUGAACAUUCCUCCACGGGGAAGCUUUGAAGAAACACUUUCCUCAGACUUAGAAAGAAAAAAAAUAGAAUUACCAAAACCUUUCUUAAUCAUCAAAUAGGAAAUCACCAGAAACUGUUGAAAUUUUCCUUUUUUUUCCCCACUUAAAUUCCAGUCACCUUUCACAUGUUGUAAUGCCUACAAUAAACCUUUAGCCAAACCAAUAAACAGUUGUUUAGCUACAGAAACACAGUUAGAUGAAGACAAAUGUUUAACCAUCUUGACUCGUUUUUUUUUCCUCUAAGGACAUUUCUAGGGGGGACUGUCUCUUAGAUGAUACAGCCCCAGGGGGCAAGUCUGUUAGCCCGGAUCUGCAGAGAUACACUCCCCGCUCCCUCACACAAGACCUACAAGAGUGACUCUCCCAUGCCCUUCAAGGGCAUUUGACCAACCACAGAAGAUAUGGCUGACCUCUGGUUCAUGAUGGCUGAAGAUGUUACAUUGAGGGAUUUGGAGAAAAAUGUGAAUGGUCUGAGGAGCCAUUAAUGAACACAGCAGAGUCACACACCAAUGGCUGAGGCAUAGACUGAACCUGCUGUUUUGGAAAGGGAUGCUUGCAUAUUUUUUUUUCUUUGGUUUGGAAGAAGGUAGAACCAUGGAACCAAUAUUCUGUGUCCUAGUUAUGCCAAAAAAGGAGCCUGAUUCCCAUUUAGCAUAGCUAGAGCAAGUCAGUGAGGGGUAAGUUGCCAAAAGCAGUCUUCACAAUCAGACUGUUUAGUGACACUCUCAAAAUGCACUUGCCAACAAUAAAACAUAGUAAAUCCCACAAAAUAAGCACAAGUUUUUUUUCUCCAAAAAGAGCUGUAAACAAAUACAAACCGUAAACGUUAAAAUUAGAAGGUAAACAAUCUGAGACAGUCCCAAAAAGCACUCAUUUUCCUUCAAAAAAUAAAGUUUCUCACGGAAAUCAGCACAUUUUUCACAGAAAAUAACAUAUUGUAGAAGGUUUUCCUGCCCAGCAAUGGAAGAUAGUUACCCGACCGUUAGUUCUCUAAUGCCCAAAAGAGGGACAAACUUUAAAGUCAGCAAGAAAUUACUGAAGCUACUGGUUUUCUUUACUUGAAACUCUUGCAGUCAGCAGUCUGGAUGCAGGUGGAGGGACCCUAAGGAUUUAGACGACCAGCCAGUCAUUAUGUCAUGGGCAAGAUAUAACACACGUAGCUUAGGCAUGAAUGAACAUCAUAGGCUUAGGGCACUGUGCUGUCUCAAAAUAAUCUCCUGUAGACUACAGAAAUGUUUUGUUAUCUGUGUAGUAAGUUAAACACUGAAGUUCAAGUUCAAAUUUAUUGUUGCAUUUUAUUUCGUGAGCACUUUACAUGGGAAGAAUCACAGGUAAGAACAGUGUUUAAAAGCACUGAGUGUACAAAAGUGAAAUUGUCAGUGAAGACCAGAUAAAAUGUAAACUAGAACAUAUAUCUGUCACACAAAAUAUACUAAAGUAUAAAUGUCUGUAGAAGUCACUUUUUCAUCAUUAAAUUAAUGAUGCUUUACAUUUUCUAAGCAGUAAUAUAGAAUAGUCUGUCAUUUUCCUGACUUGAUAAGUGAUUUUAAGUUUGUUUGUCCAAUUCCCUCAAUCAGGCUUUGCAGUGAUCAUGUACAGAAAUUGUAAUAAAAUUUUCAUAAAUCAA